AUGAAGAAGUUUGCACAGAUGCAGACUUCUGAGUGGGACUCCGAGUGCCUUACAUCCCUGCAGCCCCUUCCGACGCCCCCAGCAACAAAUGAGGCGCAUUUGCAGACCGCGGCCAUCUCCUUGUGGACCGUGGUGGCCGCCGUGCAGGCUAUAGAGAGGAAGGUGGAGGUCCACAGCCGGCGGCUGCUACACCUAGAAGGACGGACGGGCACAGCCGAGAAGAAGCUGGCCAGCUGCGAAAAGACAGUGGCUGAUCUCGGGAACCAGCUGGAGGGCAAGUGGGCCGUGCUGGGGACGCUGCUGCAGGAGUACGGGCUGCUACAGCGCCGGCUGGAGAACAUGGAGAACCUGCUGAGGAACAGGAACUUCUGGGUGCUGCGGCUGCCCCCCGGGAUAAAAGGAGAUAUCCCAAAGGUGCCUGUGACAUUUGACGAUAUUUCCAUCUACUUUUCCACUCCAGAGUGGGAAAAAUUAGAAGAAUGGCAAAAGGAGCUUUACAAGAACAUCAUGAAGGGCGACUACGAGUCCCUCAUCUCUGCGGAUUAUGCCAUGAAUCAGCCUGAUGUCUUAUCCCAGAUGCAGCCAGAAGGAGAACAUAAUGCCGAGGACCAGGCGGCAGUGGCAGAGGAGAGUGAGAUUCCCGCAGACUCCAGUGAAGAGCCUGGCAUCUCCACUUCAGAUAUUCUGUCUUGGAUCAAACAAGAGGAAGAGCCUCAGGUGGGGCCCCCACAGGAGCCCAAGGAGAGCACCAUCUACAAAGGUCCCUAUGCUGACGAAGAGCUUGUCGUCAAAGCCGAAGGCCUUGCCCCAGCCUCCUUGUGCUCAGAGGUUCCAGUCACCUUCUCUGCGCCGCCAGCUCCAGCUGCCAAGGAUACCUUUUCAGAAGUGGCAUUCAAAAGCCAGCAGGCCACCGCGGUGACACCGUUUGGUCACGCAGCCCCCGACCUGGGUGGGGGCGCCGAGGGCCGAGUGACUUUCACCCAGCUGGGCAGCUACCCGCCCCCGCCGCCGCCCGGGGAGCAGGCGUUCUCGGGCCACCACUGCGGCAAGAGCCUCAGCCAGGACAUGUUGCUGGCCCACCAGUGCGGCCCCCCGGGCGAGCCUGCGGCGCCCUGUGCCCCGUGCCUCAAGCACUUUUCCCCGCCCGCCGAGCUGGGCGGCGCGGGCCCCGCCCAUGCCGGCGAGACGCCCCCCACCUGCCCGCACUGCGCCAGGACUUUCACUCACCCGUCCAGACUCACCUGCCACCUGCGGGUGCACAACAGCACCGAGCGCCCUUUCCCCUGCCCCGAUUGCCCCAAGCGCUUCGCCGACCAGGCCCGGCUCACCAGCCACCGGCGCGCGCACGCCAGCGAGAGGCCCUUCCGCUGCGCGCAGUGCGGCCGCGGCUUCAGCCUGAAGAUCAGCCUGCUGCUGCACCAGCGGGGCCACGCGCAGGAGCGGCCCUUCUCCUGCCCUCAGUGUGGCGUCGCCUUCAACGGCCACUCGGCCCUGAUCCGCCACCAGGUGACCCACACCGGCGAGCGCCCCUACCCCUGCACGGACUGCAGCAAGAGCUUCAUCCGCAAGGAGCACCUGCUGAACCACCGGCGGCUGCACACGGGCGAGCGGCCCUUCCAGUGCGCGCACUGCGGCAAGAGCUUCAUCCGCAAGCACCACCUCAUGAAGCACCAGCGCAUCCACACGGGCGAGCGGCCCUACCCCUGCGCCUUCUGCGGCAGGAGCUUCCGCUACAAACAGACGCUCAAGGACCACCAGCGCUCGGGUCACAGUGGCGGCUGCGGGGCUGCGGCGGACCCUGACCCCCCGGCACUGCCGCCAGACCCCCCGGGGCCCCUCCUCCCUGGGCUGGAGCCCCCUGGCCUGGGCGUUAACCCCGAAGGCCUGGCGGCCACUCCGUGGUAUGGGGAAGGAAGUGGGGGGGGCGUUCUCUAACUCUGGUUUCUGUGGUUGGGGUCCCCGCCACCCAGUGGCAGGAGGAAAGCCUGUGGGCCCCUCCACUCCGGCCGCAAUUCCUGCCCGGCAGGAUGCUGACUUGGGGUCUCAUGCACCUGACCGAGAUGUGCGGUGUUGCGAUUUAACAUUACAAGACUCCGUAUUUUGAGGCCCAGGAAGGCCAGUCCCCCCCUGUUUUCCAAAAUGUCACCUAAGCAGAAGUUAGAAAGUGGCAGAGGCUGGAAAGCAAGCGAGGCCUCUGGCAGUCUGUCCAGGGCAGUGGGUGAGGCAGGAUGGCAGGUUCCGGGGUGUGGGCAUGGGGGGGCCCGCCACACCCCCUCUGCAGGCAGUAGGGGUGGGACUGGGCGCUCCGUCAUUCCCGCUACCACGCUGCCUCCGGAGCCAGGGCCCGGCCUCAGCCCUGCGUCCCCUCCUCCCUGAACCAGCCGCCUGCCACCCCGGGCGCUGUCUCCCGGAAGCCCUACUCCAGACGGCCUGCCCAAGCCCCAGGUCAGUGCUUACAGUUCUUGGUUGUAUGCUGGGUGAGCGAGAAAUCUGAUUUUAAAAGCUCCUCAGAGGGAACAGUUCUUGGCUUAGCUUGAUUGGAAACAUUCAGAUCCUUACUGGCUUUGAAACUGCUGCAGACCUUUCCUGAGGUCCUGGUUAAGACCUGCGCUCCAGUGUCAGCCCUGGCUCGAAAAGCUCGCGCUCCCAGCGGAGACGGCCUGAAAUCUGAGCCUGAGCGUGUCUCAGUCCUGUGCGUCACGUUCUUCCUAACCUAGCCCAGCCAGCCAGCUGGUUUCUCAUUCCUGGUGGCUGAUGUUCUUGACCACCGUCCACAGAAAAGACCCCAGCUCGUGCCGGGCGCAGUGGUUUCCGGGGUGAGGGGACACCCAGCCCCUCUUCCCGACAGUGAGACAGUGUGAGGGCUGCGUGUUCGCCCGCCCGGUUCUGCGGGGCCGCGGCCGCGAGCCAAGGCCGAGCAGACGGGGACGGCCGCGGCUGCGUUUCGCCUGUAGGACUGGGGCCGCUGGGCCUUUCACUCUGGCCAUUCAGCCACCUGGCCGCGUCAGGCGGGGCCCAGCGAGAGGCUGCGGCUGGGGCGAGUCGCCUUUCUUUAUGUCCCUCACAUGUCGUGUACAAACUGAGGCUGGUGAAAGGAAAAAAGUGAGCUUCUAGACAUUGAAAAAAAUCCCGUGGUACGUUUCUUCUCUUGCCAAAAUCCUUUCUCUGGCUUCUAUCCAGGCAAAGCCAAAUAAAAUGGAAAAAUCAAAGUAGAAACACUCUUGCUGAAACUUGACUGAGAUCAGUUUGAUUUGUUACUUUACUGCCGCUCAGAGCCCAGGUGGCACAUACGGCUCUCGGGCAGAGCAGCUGCUGGUGCCUGGCACAAGGCUGUGGGCCUUCAGACAGGACACUGGUGAUGAGACAGGGGAAGGGCUCCCGCUGCCCUUAGCACCUGGCCGGCCUCACCCGCCUCGCAGGUGGAGCCAGGCGAGACGGCGUUGCCCAGCGAGGUUGCUCCGGAGCCUCUGUGUGAACAGGCCGCUCUUCAGAACGGUCGCGCCUGUCCUCGGCUGCAGCAGCAGUCAGUGCCAGGGCCUCGGGGGACUGAAGGUGCGGCUGUGGGGCCUGGCCCCGUCUGGACUACGCUGAAGGCACGGAGCGAAGACCGAAGGGCCCAGAGCAACCAAGACGUGAUGAGCAAAACCGCUGGCUCGCCAGCGUCAGGACCGCGCUGGCUGGAAUGUGGACCCGUGCCGGGGAAUCGCUAGGGCCCUGGGAGCUCUGGGUUUCCGACUGCUCCAGUGACCCACGAGGAGCCUGAGCGUGAGCCCCCCCGCGGUCGGCACCCCAUCCCUAACAAGAAGGGCAAAGUGCCCGGCCGUGUGUUUAGGUAACGAGCGCCCUGGCCGGGGCGCCGGAGAAGGGCUCCUGCACCAGGUGUGUGUGGGCGACACCAUAGGAGGUUCUGCAGGUACAGAGCCAGCGCUUAUUAGUGAGGGGCCUGAAGAUGGGGAGGCCGCACGGGCGGGGGCCCAGGCUUUGUGCAGGGGAGAACACAGGUCAGUUAGCAGUGAGUCGAGAGCCCUGAAAACCAUGGAAGGGAAGGAACAGGGUCUCGCCUGCGAAAGGGACGGGGUGUCAUCGUGCACCCCUGCUCUGCCGGCCCUGCCACAGAGAGCUCUAAAAAGUCGGCUUGAGGUUCAAGAGUGGAUAAGUAAAGUGGGUUUGUGGGGAAAGUAAAGUCCAGCAGAGGGUUUUCAGGUGUGGGGAGACGACCCGCCAGGGCUCCUGACCCGCCCGCUGCUGCGGUACCCGAGGGCUGGCCACCGCUGGACAGGGCAGGAGCAGCCCUCGGCCGCCGUCUGGGCUGCGAGGGCCACCGGGCCAGGCGCCUGGCGUGGGGCAGGUCCGACCCGACGACCAGCUCCAUUCCGGCUGCCAGGUCCUUCACGGUCACCAUCAGGUGAGCCCCUGGCCAGGCGCAGAGGGACUGAAGUGGACGGCUUGUCUGGAAAGCGGAUAGGGCCCGCCUCGCCAGCUGCUGUGGAGCUGCCUUUGCAGGGCUCCGGCUGGCCCGGGGCCUCCGAGUCCCGCUGGGCCUCCGCUGGGCUGCUUCUGGGAGCAGCCUUGAGAGGCGAAAGGUAACUCCCACUGGGUCAGGUGAGAGAGGGGGUGCCCUGGCCCUCACACAGACACUCGUGGGUUAGGAGCAACAGGAGCCAGCCCUCCCCUCACCCCGCAGAGGAUGUAGCACCUGCUACAUGUAACCAUCACCAGCGAAGGAAGGAGACCGCCUCAGGGAGGGCAGGAGGGCGCUUAUUCCAGUGCAGAGAGUGCCAGGGGAGCUCGCGGGGCCAGGCGGGCAGUGCUCAGGCAGGCUGACCGGAAGUGGACACUACAAACCACCUGCUCUGCAGAAGCCCGCGUUGCCUGAAGUUGGCGGUCUGCUGGCGGGCGGAGCCUGAUGCAGCCAGCUGUGAGUCACAGCAGCAGGUGGCUGGCUGUGGCCCUCCAGGUUUUCCCAGUUCAGAUUCUAAGGCACGGGGUCUGGUCCAGCUCCUUUUUCUGUUCCAGGCCACAGACAUUUCCAGCCCCACCUCGGACAGGCUCCCCUCGGUCAGUGGUCACCUUGGUCCGGUCGGCUGCGGUCCCUGCACAGAUCUGUGGGCCGCGACUUCACUUGGGGUGGGCUGGCGGUAGCCCAGCCGGGCCCAGUCUUACAGGAUCAGAGAGGGUCUCGCCGCGGUGGGUCCUUAAAGGGCUUCUCCAUCAGUCCUCUCAGACACCAGAGCUUACUGUCUCUUGCGUAAAGGACGCAGAAUAUGCUGUUUCUGUUCUUACAGAGGAGUCCUUUGUCACUUCUAGGGCGCUUCCUUUCCAUACCUGCUCCAGAAACUGGCCAUAAUGCAUAAAUAUAUAUACACAUACACUCCCACUGUGACUUUGAUCUGUGAGAUUGCCUCAUCAGCACAUUUUACCCCCAAGACCAACCACAUAUUAAAGAAUGCGGAUAGAUACAGUCCAUUCAGAAGCCUCAAACACUUGUGCUUGCUCUCAAAAUAGC